AUGCAACAAAAUCAGCAUCAAAGGACCUUUUUCGGAUUGACUCAACAGCAAUUGGCGAAACUCACACCUCAGCAGCGUAAAAUAUUAAUCAUCCAACAGCUAAGGAAGAGAGCCAGAACUGAGAAAUUUUAUGAGAGUAAUGAGGAGCUGUUAAAAAAGUACGAGAACUACCCGGCAUCGAUGAUACUCCAUAUCCAUGAAAAUUAUUAUCAGUUUGGUAAUAGUGAUGCUGCCAUUGCCAAAAAUUCUUCCGUAAUUAAGGAAUUCUUGAAGUAUGUAGCUUUUGGCAUUAUUCCAGAAGCCCUGAUGGAGAUAAUAAGAGAUGGGGGUAUUAAGAUGUAUGACGGUGCUAUCUUCUUAAAAGUGUUCGAUCAUAGAAAGUUAGAUGAAAGUGCGUUGAAGGAUGAUGGCCGCGAUGAGCUGGAUGCUGUUUUACAUAGAGAGAAGAAUAAUGCUGGCAAACCCGAUACUGCGGCAGAUAAGAAUAAUGAACAUAAAAAUAAGGCUGGUAAGGAGAUUCACGAUAAUGAAACUCGGGAACCUGAGAAGACGAAUAUAUUCAAGCCAAAGGAAUACCGAACAGUUCUUCGGAUGACUCAGUCUAGCUUAUAUGAGGAUUUAUCUCUGCAGACAGAUUCACAGCAAUUUCAUGAUACUUUCGCACUUACUUUUGAAAGUGAGGUUUUGACCGCCACAAAUAGAAAUAUAAAUCUUCAGCCGGUUCUGAAUCCUUAUAAAUAUGAUAGGUCACUAUGGCCGGAUUACGAUAGUGUGACUCCUACUUACAAUGAAAAAGCGGACCAGCCAUUGCAUGAAGAUUUAUCCAGAUCAAACUCAAAAUAUGAGCAGAUGAUGACAGUACUCAAUGAAAUGUAUAGACAUAGCAAUGUCACUUUGGAUAAGGAUAAUGAAGUUGGAAAUAAGCCAGCUCAAUUUGAUAGACUUCGUUUCAUUGAAUCCUGGAAGAAAAGGAUGGCCUUGCUUAAGGAGCAAGCAGUUGGUGGAAGUAACAUGAAGCAUCCUCUAGGAAACAGUUUAAGCCUUAGAAAUACGUUUCCUGGAUCCGCUGCUGGUGGUACUGGAUUUGGUAUGUUUAUGAACAAAAAGAAAGAAUGA